AGAACAAAAGUUCAUUUGUAUAAGUAUUUGUUCUGGUUUACUUAUAUAGAACCACCAGAAGCCUCCUUUGAUGUGAAGAAGAGAAGAACUGGGCUUAAUUUCAGCCCCUUGAAAAUGGAAGACAUUUCCGAGCCAGUUUCUGGUUAAACCAAGCACAAUGAACCUCAAGAGGAGUUUGUUGUAGCUUCUCACUGGGAUGCGUAGCAGGAAAUUGCCAACAUUAAAGAAGAGGAAGAAUUCUGUAGUAUUAAAGAGGAGAUAUCAGAGGCUGGAAGUUUUUCACUGUUAAUAAACAGAUGCUUGCUAUGGAGUGUUUAUCUGUAGAUACAUUUGACCUCAAUAAAGUUAAUGAACCCUCUGUGGUAGAUAUACAGUGCAAGACGUUAACAUUCAAGGAGGAGUGUAGACCUGGAGGAACUCCUAAAGAUUUUUUCCAUCAUGUGAAGAAAACCCCUCAUUCUAGUUUUGGCCUUUUGAAAACAGAAGAGGAGAUCUUCAAGCCUGGUUCUGGUUACAGUAAACAUGAUGACACCCCACUGAAUGUUGCUGUGGUUUCAGGGUGUGGUGUUGAGCAGCAGUCCAUUAACAUCAAAGUGGAGCAGUCUAUCAAUAUUAAAGAGGAGCUCUCUGAACUGGAAUGUUCUUUUGUUAGUCAAAGACAGUCGAUUGCUGUUGAGGGCACAACUGGAGAUACUUUUGCCAACAAAGUUAAGGAAACCACUUGUGAAGAUGUUCAGUGCAAAAGGCUAUCCACUCAACAAGACGAAGAACAUGAAGGAUCUCCAGAAGUUUCUUUCCAUGCAGUAGUGGAAAAGGUUAAAGUUCCCCUCACCCCUUUGAAGUUGGGCAGCGUGACUUUGCAGAGAGCUGCAGACACUGGCACUAUGAAAACUGAAGUGGAAAUCUUAGAGCAGAUUUCUUAUAACAGUAAGAAAAAUGAUAUUCAAGUGAACUUUUCUUUAGUAUCAGAUGGAUGGAUGGAGGAGCAAUCCGUUAGCAUUAAAGAAGAGAAGUUAAUGAAGAUUAAAAAGGAGGAUUCUGAUGUGGAACUUGUUUCCAGUAUUAACGGACCAAUGCAGACUGUUGCACCUGAGGAACAGAUUAUUGUAGAUAAGUAUAAUGAACCUCAAUUAGGGGCUUUAAAUGGCAGUGGGUUCUCAUCCCAAGAUGUAUUUGGAACUGAAUGGAAGCAUUCAGAUAUAGAAAAACUGAGAAACAAUUUUAUACAGAAUAAUUUUGAAGAAUCACAACAUGAUAAUGAUAAUUUCUCAAAGGCCAUUGUUAAAAUUUCCCGCACCAAAAGCCAAGAGAGAACUCAUAUGGCAGACAAACCAAACCAGUGUUUGGAAUGUGGAAAAACUUUCAGGCAUCACAAAAGCCUUAAACGGCACCAGAUCAUUCACAGUGAAGAAAAACCAUACAAAUGUACUGAGUGCGGGAAGAAUUUCAGGCAAAUUACAAGCCUUAAGCACCACCAGGGAAUUCACACAGGAGAAAAACCGUGCCAGUGUCUUGAAUGUGGGAGAACAUUUGGCUACAAUAAAAGCCUGAAACGGCAUCAGAUAAUUCACAAAGGGGAAAAACUGUACCAGUGUACUGAAUGUGGAAAGAGUUUUACACAGACUGCAACCCUGAAGCGCCACCAGAAAAUUCAUACAGGAGAAAAACCAUACCAGUGUUCUGAAUGUGGCAAGACAUUCAUCCAAUCGACCCAUCUUAAAUAUCACCAAAGAGUUCACUCGGGGGAAAAACCUUUCCAGUGUACUGAAUGUGAAAAGACUUUCUUUCAGGCCGAACACCUUAAAUGCCACCAGAGAAUUCACACAGGAGACAAACCCUACAGCUGCAGAGAAUGUGGAAAGACAUUCAGCCACAAUAAAAACCUUAAAUACCAUCACAGAAUUCAUACAGGUGAGAAGCCCUACCAAUGUCCUGAAUGUGAAAAGACUUUCAAACGGGCCACAGAGCUAAAAUCCCAUCAGAGAAUUCAUACUGGAGAAAGGCCAUACCAAUGUACGGACUGUGGAAAGACUUUUAAUUGGGCUACACAACUGAAAUACCACCAAAGAACUCAUACGGGGGAAAAACCGUACCAAUGUAAUGAAUGUGGAAAGGCUUUCACCGGGGUUCCUGGACUUAAGUACCACCAGAAAGUUGAUUCAGGAGACAAACUCUACCAAUGUACUGAAUGCGGGAAGACGUUUACCCAGAAGACCUGCCUUAACUACCACCAGAAAAUUCAUAAUGAUGAAAAACUGAACCAGUGUAAUGAAUGCGGAAAGACGUUUAAGUGGGCUGCCCAACUUAAAUACCAUGAGAUCAUUCAUACAGGGUUAAAGCCAUUCCAGUGUACAGAGUGUGGCAAAACUUUUAGACGGACCACUGAACUUAAGUAUCACAAGAGAAUACACUCAGGAGAAAACCAAUACCGAUGCAGUGAAUGUGGAAAGACUUUCAGCCACAAUUUACGCCUUCAGCAGCACCAGAGAAUUCACACAGGAGAAAGGCCAUACCAGUGUACUGAAUGCAGAAAGACAUUCAGUCGGAUUGACAACCUUAAAGUGCAUGAAAGAAUUCACACAGGAGUCAAACUGUACAGAUGUACUCAAUGUGGGAAGACUUUCAGUCGAGCUAAACGUUACAAGGAACAUGAGCAGAUUCAUACUGGAGAAAAGCCAUACUGGUGUAAACAAUGUGGGAAGAUUUUCAGCCGGGCUGAUAAUCUUAAAGUCCAUCAGAAAAUUCACACAGAAGAACGCUGAGUGGUGAGAGAUACACUUAAUAUUAGAGUACAGUAAAUUAUAGAGUGGUAGAUUAUUGCUGCCCUACCACCAAUUGGUGCCUAUAUCAGCCAAUUAAUGGGAAACCAUUUUAUGGAAAUAUCGUGGUCAUCACAUGUGUAUAGCCAGCCAUGCUAAAGUGUAUAUUACUAGUGGUGUUGUAAAGGAUAGGUGUUACAAAUAUCGGCUAUUCAAGCUAUAAUGUCCACUAGAAAGGAGCAGCUCUGUUUCCUAAAAGUUAAAAUUUCACAC